AUGUGUGACAAGCACUGGAUCAAAUGGACCUGCAUAAACUGCCACGCCAAUCUUCCAACCACGUACUGGAAGGACGAAUGUGGUCGGAAAAAUUGCAACAAGAUCAAAACACACGAAGUGUCCGAGAUGAAACCUUUGGGUUACACAGACAGCUGUAAGAAUGCACGCUGUCAAACGAAGGAGGCGCUGGCGAAUAGCAGAGCGAUCAUGGACGCUCAGAAAGCUGCGCUUUACGGACAGGCUUACACCCCUUAUUCCGGGGCAUACCCAUGA